AUGGAAUUGGACAUCUCGCCACACCACUCGCCCGGUGGAAACAUGCACAUGCUGUCUCCCACCCACCAUCAUCCGCACUCGAGAUCACCACACCUGGACGGCUUCAAUACCAUUCGCCAGAUUCGGCGCUCUCUCUCCCGCUCUCCAUCGAAGCCAUCGAGGUUUGCGCUUCUCACUACGAAAGGUCCCUCCUCGCCGAAUGCGCCCAUGGCACCUGCGCCUCGAUCGCCUUCAGGUUUGAGUCGCGCAUUCAGUGUAGAUUCAUCCUCACACGACCAGAGAACGAAGAUCUCGUCUGCAUCGCGCACUGGUCUGGUUCGAACGCGAUCGCGCAGGACAUCUCCCACCAACAGCCCACUUCGACGCGCGCUCAGCGAUAACACGAACCACCCCAGCGCGACUCCGAGAUACGCGACCCGCCGGACUUCAACCGAGCAAGAUCAAGAGAACAUGGAUUGCAGCGAUGAUGCAGUGAAGACUGCGCCUGAGUCGCGAGUUGGUGAAGCCAUCAAAUUUGACUUUGUAAAGCCGGACAGAUUCCUGCAACCUGUGCUGCGAGAGCACGCAUCGCCAAUGAAAUCCAGCCCUCUGAAACGCAGCGAUGGUGUCAUGAACCUUGAAGCAGCAAGCUUGGGCAGCCCUCGAAGUAGCAAGCGUCGCAGUCUGCACGGCACCUCACUUGGACCCGAGUUCAAUAUAUUUGAUCAGGCAUUUGACACUGCACAAAACGGGACUGCAGAUGGUGUUGAGGAGAAGGAAACUGAAAAAGAUGCCCAACCUAUCUUCUCUUGGAAUGCGCCAGCAGCCAGCUCGCCACAACGACGACCAUUCAGUUUGCGCAAGUCCACAUUAUCACAGCGCGCUGGAUCUGGCCGGAAGAACCUCUUCGCAGAUGCGCUACGGGAGGGCUCGAGUAGUCCAUCUCUCAGCAGAGUACGAUCCCGAAUCUCGCUAGACGGCGCGCUACCGCUACGAAGUCCUGAUAUGGACUCAUCUCUGCGUCGCAGCACUGCCAGCGACCCACCAGUCUUGUUCCCGCCACCGUCGCAGAAACUCUACCAGUCGGCACCAAAGCCACACCCGCUGUCUCACGCUCUGACACCAUCCUCAUCGACAUCAAGCGUCGCCGCAGAGGAUCACAAAGACCACGACACCGCUGUUGCUCCCGCCUUGGACUUUCAGGACAUCCCAAAGGACGCCCAACCAGAAGGCCCAAAGCCGCCGCCGGGCUUUUCGAGGUCACUUCCAAUCGGCGCAAUGCGACCCAAGCAAGACUCCAGUCAAGGUUCCCAGGCAACGCCCGCUUUUAAGAUGGCAAAGCCACUGCCUCAAGCCUUCAUGUCGACUGGCCUGAUAUCGAAGCGACAUCGUCACAUUGACGGCGCGCCAGCUGCCCUGUUUCAGAGCACCAACAUGCCAGAUACGCCGUCGAAGAAAGCAACUCAUAUUCACUUUGGCGCCAGUCCAGCACCAUCAGCAUUGGGCAAAGUGGUCAAGCCCAUGCACGAAUUUGGCAGCCCCAGCACGCCCUUCAAUGGUCGAGUGUCCAAGAUCUCUCCCGAGUCGUUUGGAGAAGGUGUCAACAUCUUCGGGUCACGAGUUGGCCAACCCCAGCUCACUCGAAGGAGCAGCUUCCUCAGUAUCGACGACGAGGUCAACAACUCGCCCACCCAUAAAUUGGAGAGCCAGGCUAGCAACGAUGACUUACCACCGACACCAACCAAGUCAAUGUCGACGACCUCCCGCCCACAGUCUAAAGGAAAGAGUAACAGUCUUCGCAGCAGCCUGUUUGGAAGGAGGACAUCGCUAGGACCUGACACGUUUGCCUCACCUGCCGACCGUGAGCAUUCGCCAACGCCAGAUGACGAAUCACCAAGCCCGGUGGCCAUUCGCAAGACCGCGGAGAGGCAUUCUCCACAUACACCGCACGAGUCUUUUACUCCCCCGGACCCAAGCAGCUUAUCGAUCUCCGUCGAGGAUCGUAGCUCAGGGCUGUUCAACAGCAAUAGCUUUCCACCUGCCACGCCUACUGGGCCCAGAAACGAGAGCUUUGGGAUCAGCAUUGGACUUGGACACAGCCAAUUCCAAAGCAACGCCUCGUCCGGAUACUUCGCCAACGACGUCGACACUUCCAUGACUUCAAGGUUUGGUGAUGUCAAGUCGAUUGGCAUGGGAGAGUUCUCGCAAGUCUACCAAGUUGCAAAGCCGGUGGCGGACAGCACAUCAGCAGCCGCCGUAUCAGCAAAGGCCAUGAGCCCCGGUAGCGCAAUAUGGGCGGUGAAGAAGUCCCGACGACCAUACUCUGGACUUAAGGACCGUCAACGCAAGAUGCAAGAAGUGCACAUCCUCAAGGCACUUUGCGGCAACGAGCAUGUCGUGGAAUUGGUCGACAGCUGGGAGUCUAAGAACCACCUGUACAUCCAGACCGAGUACUGCGAAGAAGGCAACCUCAAGGACUUCCUCACGUCUACUGGUUUCAAGGGACGCCUUGACGACUUUCGCAUCUGGAAAAUCUUGCUCGAGUUGUCAUGGGGCGUCAAGUCGAUACACAAUGCAGACUUUAUCCACCUUGAUUUGAAGCCUGCGAACGUGUUCAUAGACUGGGAAGGGGUGCUGAAGAUUGGCGACUUUGGCAUGGCAAGUUCAUGGCCUGCGCCUGCUGGCAUUGAUGGUGAAGGAGAUCGCGAAUACAUUGGACCCGAGGUGCUCUGCGGACGUUUCGACAAGCCAGCCGACAUCUUCUCGCUCGGUAUGAUCAUGCUUGAGAUUGCCGGUAACAUCGUCCUUCCUGACAAUGGAGCAUCAUGGCAACGAUUGCGAGCUGGUGACCUUAGCGACUUGCCAAGCUUGACUUGGAGCUCAGACAGCAGUCUCGUUCGAGACGACUCUGGAGACCCGAUCGAACUCUUGAACGGCCAGUCGAAUGAGUCCUUAUGUACAUCGCAUCAGGGCGACGACGACCUGAGCUUCUUGCGACCACAAAUGCCCAAGAUGGCUCGCGGUCACGAUCUGGUGACACCUCCCAAUUUCAUGGUCGACCCAUCAGACCCGGAGUCUCUUGAUCGGAUUGUGAACUGGAUGAUCUCACCGGAUCCUGAGCGACGUCCAACCGUUGACCAGCUCUUGGCAGUCGGGGGUGUGCAGUGGGUCGGCCAGCGUAGGCGUGCUGGUGCCACUGUCUACGAAGGCAGCUGGGGUCCCGCAAACGAUGUGCUCAAUCACGGACAAGAACAAGACGAUGUCGAAAUGACUGACAUCUGA